UUAUAUUACAGCUAUAAUUAACUAUUAUAAUAUAUAAGGGUACAGGAAUUUUAAUUUUACCUUAGAAUGUUAAAGGCAUAUUUAAUGAAAAUAAAUACAGCUAUAGUUUUCCUGCGCGCGGCGACCAUUCACCGUGAACCGCUGCCGACCGAAUGACGUCCGGCGACCAUCGGCUGCGACCGAUCGGCCCGACAAGUUGUCCGCCGGCCACGAGACGCACGCUUCACUCGUCGUCGUCGGCCGUGAGGAAAGUCGACGACGGCGUCUCAGUGUGGGGCGUAACCGUCCGGUCCAACUGUCAGAUCGCUCUGCCCGUCUUCGGCACGCUGUUCCUGUUCGCCGGCAUAGUGCUCACAGUGAUAUCUUAUGGCUGGGUAACUGGAGGUGGCGAAGACGACUCGAAACGAAAGUUCUACCCGAAGUCUGACAACGGACGAAUAUUGGGACCUAUAUGUUUGGUCGUGUCGAUCGUAAUGUUCAUUGCAACAGCAGUGCUCCGGACAAUCAGCACAAACGCCCGUUUCCGGCAAACUCGUGUCGGAUUCCACUGUCCCGUGCACGGUGACUUCUUUCCAAUCAGUCCCGGACCCGAUCCGAGGAAAUUCUCCUUUUCUACGGAAAACCUUGCCAAAGACCCGUGGAGAUGCAACUGUUUGAAUCGACCGAAAGCAGACUCGCAGGAAACAUUAGCCGUCGAAGACUCGCCCCCGCAAUGUCCACACAACGGCGUGCACGGGAGCACCACCAGGAGUCCGAGUCCCGUGUCCACUUGUCCGACGCCAAAACCGUUUUUGAUAUUCACCGAUUCCGCGCAUGGUGCUUGCAAGGAACUUUACAGCGGAAACACUCUAUUCCCGGACGAACCGUUCGGAUCGAUUCGAUCUCUGUCGGUUCCCAACGACAACCUGACCGUGGCGUGUUUUCCCGUCGAACGCUCGUCCGAACAGUAUUUGAACGUGCCUGAAGAUGCUUGGUCCCACAAGAGAUUGAGUUGCCCGAGUCUGCCAUCGGCGGGAGACGAAUUUCCGCAGCCGGUUCACAAGCCUCUAACUCCACAGGUUGUAAAGGUGACGCGCGAAAUUAAAUUCGUCACGCCUAUAGACAAGAGUCCAUGAAUAUUUAUUAACUAACCAUGUCAAACAUUCCUGUCACUAAUCAGAUUUACGACGAUUUACAAACAUAUUUCAUGAAUUCAAUAAUUUGUGGCUUUCAUAAAUGUGAUAAAUGAAUAGUUAAUUAUAUAGACAUACUAUACGUUAAGUCUAGGGGCCAGUUUUUUCUACACAUAAUCUUGUACGAUAUCUAAACUAAGUGAUAAAAUUAAAGUAAAAUUAUUUUCUUAAUAGUAUAAUAUAUAUAUCUGUUAAGAAAAAAAAUCACAAACCAACUUUUUAAAUAAACUUCCUGCGUUCAUUGUGACAAAUAACAUUGUAUUUUUCACAAGUUAUGAAUUUAAUCAAUUAGCUAGGUAGGUAUAUUUACUAUAGCAGAUACUAUAUUGUAUAUUAAGUAGGUACUUUUAAAAUGUUUGGUAUUAUUAGCACAAUAUUGUAAAUCAUUUUAAUCAUAAUAAUAUAUUAUAAUAAUUCCAUGUUAUAAAUAUAUAAGAUAACUAUAACUAUAUGUGUUCAAAAUUCAUUUCAAAAUUAAAUUUAUUAGGUAACCGCUAGAUUAUAGCCUAUAGGCGACAACUAUAGUAGGUUCGAAAAAAAUCUCUUAAUACCUAUUAGGUUAGGUUAGGUACUCAUACCUUAAAUAUUUAUACAAUUUGUAUUGCUACCUCGAAACUUGUUUAGGUUCUUAUUUACUAAAUCUUCAGAUUUAGUUUUAAUUUUAAUCUCGAAUUAUAAUAUAAAUAAUUAAUAUUAUAAUAUUAAGUACCUACCUACUUCAGGUAUUUGAAAAUUGCAAAUAAAAAACAUUUUACCGGCUAUAAUACAUUAAUAUUACACAUUUUUGUAAUUUUUAUUCUAAAAAUACCUACUGAUAUUUAUUAUAAACUCAAAAAUGAAUGGUGUGCGUUUAUAUUAUAGUUAAUAGUAUUUUGUAUCUGACAUUUUCUUAAAAUAUUUAUCUAUUCGAAUUUAAACAGAUGGGAAAUUAAUAAUUACGUUGAUUGUGGAUAUUAUACGUUAUUUGUGUGCAGUUUUUAUCCGUUAUAGGUUAGGUUACUACAAUACUACAAGCGAUUUAAAAAAUGUUUCACCUUCAUAUUGUAAGAAUGGCAAUUUAUUUUUGUUGAAUAUACGUCAUAAAUAAAUAAUGUAGUAUAUUCAGCAUUUGUUUAACUUAAUUAAUUAUUACUAUAUUAUUAUACUUGUGACUAAAUUUUUAUAUAUUAAUUAUUAACAAUAAUUUCCUAAAUCUUUUAAAGUUGAAUACUAUUGUAAUUUAUGUUUAUUAAACGUGAAUUUAAUAUUUACCAUUAUUUACCUACAAUUUACAAAUGUAAGUACAAAAUAUAUUAUGUUUUAUAAUUUGAUAUCUUAAAUAUGUAAUAAACACCAUACAACAUUAUAAAAAAUACAUAAAAUAUAGUCGAAUGACAACUUACGAGUAUUAACUGAAGUUGGUGUGUGAAGUUUAAAAUACAAUUGUUAUAUAAAACUCAGAGAAAAUCUUAAAUACAUGAACUAUUUCCAUGUCGAAAACUCACAAUAUUUUCUAAUUCGCUUCUCCAUCACACAUAAAACAACUCUUCAUAUUUCUAGAUAUAUUAUAACAUUUAUAAAUUAUUAAUUUUAUAAAAUAAAUUGUAUAUUAAAUUAUAUUAAAUUAGUACUCAUUUUUAGAUUAUUAGAAAUUUUAAUAUUAACUAUAUAUUAUAAGUUUAUAACAUAAUAUUGUUCUGUUUUUGGUAUAGCUAGAUGACCAUCAAAGUGAAUUCUGUUCUACAUGGAAAAUGAAAACCUACAACAACAUAGAUUUCGUCAUAAAAUAUAGUAAAACACCAAUCAUAAGUUCUUGUGUUUAAUAGCAUAAUAUCUAAUAUUACUAAGAACUUAAACGUAUUAAUAAUCCACACACUGCAGCAGAUGACGAAUAGAGAACAUUAUUUUCAGCCCACACACAUCUCAGACCGAACGCAUUUCCCUCACGACCUCAUAUUGCAGUUUACCACAAAUGACCGGGUAAGAUAAAAAAAACCGACAUGUUUACACACAUGUUUUUUUGUACCAUCCUCGUGUAAAUGUUGAGAAAUUUUAAGUCUAUCGCGUAUUGUUUAUAUUUACUUUCCAUUCGAAUAUAAACCAACAGCGAUGUAUAGGUAUAUAUAUAAAUAAUUAGAAUAUGUUUUUACGAACCGGAUAAUAUUUAAAUAAUAUACACACACAUAGUUUAUUAAAUAAACAACGAUCCAACAAAGGUUAUUGCCCUAACCACCGUCGGUUCUUGAGCAACGGUGGCUGGUUACGAUCUGCAGAACAAUGUGGGAAUAUUUUGAUGUAUACCUACGAAUUAAUAGGUAGGUAUGGAUUAU